AUGGGCAUUGGCGAAAGGUUCAACGCCAGCGCCGAGGCCAUACUCAUGGAAAACGGAUUUUCAGGAGCGAACCCCACUAUUUUCCCCUUCACGACGAUCCUAGUUCCUCUCACAACCGCACCUUCGAGCUUGCAAACCAAAGUAACAUACCAGAAACAGCCGUCUUCGACUCCGCCCCCUUAUGUCUCUCCAAGAAGGGAACCCGACAGAAAACUGUAUUUGGCUGUUGGAGCUGCGGCGGGUGGUCUUUUGGUGAUCGUUUUCACAGCAUUCGCAUGUGUGCUGUGGCAUCAGAAGAGAAAGGCGGUGGUUCCCCAGUUUCAAGGCCAGGCGAUUGGGAAAUCAGCCUCACCGGUCGAUCUCCGCUUCGAAAUCGCCAGCUUGGAGGAAAUCCUGAAAGUCUUUGUGUUCGAGGAAAUAAAGAAGGCCACGCAGAAUUUCAGCUCUCGGAACAGGAUCCAAGGUUCUGUGUUCCGCGGUGCCUUCGGCCAGGAGACCCUGGCGGUCAAGAGGGUGAGUCGAGACGUGUCCAACGAAGUGAACAUACUGAAGAAGAUCAACCAUUUCAAUCUGAUCCGGCUUCGGGGGUUCUGCGAAUUCAAUGGCUGCUAUUACCUGGUUUUCGAGUACAUGAGCCAUGGGUCUCUGAGAGGGUGGCUUUCCUCUGGUAAAAGCUCGAAGAAAACUCGGAGCUGGAGCCACAGGAUCAAUAUCACCCUCGAUGUCGCCAACGGACUUCACUAUCUCCAUAGCUUCACCAAGCCUGCCUACGUGCACAAGGACAUCAACAGCAGCAACAUACUGCUGAAUGGCAAUCUCAGGGCCAAGAUUGCUAAUUUCGGUCUCGCCUGCGUCUCGAGAAGGGAAACGUCGAGCGCUUGCCCAGCUUCACACCAUGGUGGGGCCCGAGGUUACAUUUCGCCGGAGUACAUCAAGGCAGGUCUGGUCACUUCGAAGACCGAUGUCUAUGGUUUCGGAGUGAUGCUCUUGGAACUGAUCACAGGGAAGGAUGCGGUCAUUUUGCAGGACAGGAGGGAAGUUCUGCUUUCAGCCGCGAUUGCUUCUGCGAUGGAAAGAGACGACGCGGAAAUGGAGAUUCUUCAAAGCUUCAUCGAUCCUAGACUUGAACGUAGCGGAAGUGUUCUGGCUAUGCGGAUGGUUAGAUUAAGUCUGACCUGCUUGGCGCAUGAGCCUACGAGGAGGCCGGGCAUGGAGGAAAUAGUGGCGACUCUGUUGAAAAUUCAGGCAGAUCUGAAGGCCCUGGAAAUUCAACCGCCACACUCGAAGCUUGGAAAGAGGGUGUAA